CCUCCACAUUGAAAUCGACGACUCAAACAUCCACGGAGCCUUCCACUUCAGAAUCGACAACUCAAACACCCAAGGAAACGUCAACAUCGGAAUCAACCACUCAAAAAUCCACAGAAGCUACCACCUCAGAACCAACGACUAAAACAUCAACGGAGGCUUCCACUUAUCAAUCAACCACUCAAAUAUCCACAGAGGCUACUACUACCGAAUCGACCAUUCAAACAUCGACGGAGGCCUCCACAUCGGUAUCGACAACUCAACCAUCCACGGAUUCCACUACGGAAGCGACCGCUCAAACAUCCACGGAUGCUUCCACUUUGGAAUCCACCAUUCAAACAUCUACGGAGCCUUCCGAAUCGACUUCUCAAACAAACACUAAAGCCUCCACUUUAGAAUCGACCACUCAAACAUCCACGGAGCCGUCAACUUCGGACUUAACCACCCAAAUCUCUACGGAGGCUUCCACUUCGGAAUCAACAACUCAAACGUCGAAGGAGUCGACCACUUCGGAAUCAACACCUAAAACAUCGACGGAGGCUUCUACUUCGGUAUUCACCACUCAAACAUCCACGAAGACUUCCACAUCAGAAUCGACCCCUAAAACAUCUACGGAGGCUUCCACUUCAGACUCGACCACUAAAACAUCCACGGAGCCUGCCACUUCAGAAACGACAACUCAUAGAUCCACGGAACUGUCAACUUUGGAACCAACGCCACAAACAUCCACGGAGACUUCCACUUCAGAAUCCACAAUACAAACAUCUACCGAUACUACCACUUCUGAGUCAACCACACAAACACCCACGGAAUCGUCCACUUCGGAAUCAACCACGAAAAUAACAAUGGAACCUUCAACUUCCGAGUCGACUUCUCAAACAAACACUCCAGCCUCCACAUUGGAAUCGACGACUCAAACAUCCACGGAGCCUUCCACUUCAGAAUCGACAACUCAAACACCCAAGGAAACGUCAACAUCGGAAUCAACCACUCAAAAAUCCACAGAAGCUUCCACUUCAGAACCAACAACUAAAACGUCAACGGAGGCUUCCACAUCUGAAUCAACCACCCAAAGAUCCACAGAGGCUUCCACUCCAGAAUCGACCGUUCAAACAUCGACAGAGGCCUCCACAUCGGCAUCGACAGCUCAACCAUCCACGGAGGCUUCCACUACGGAAGCGACCGCUCAAACAUCCACCGAUGCUUCCACUUUGGAAUCCACCACUCAAACAUCUACGGAGCCUUCCACUUCCGAAUCCACUUCUCAAACAAACACUGAAUCCUCCACUUUAGAAUCGACCACUCAAACAUCCACGGAGCCGUCCACUUCGAACUUGACCACCCAAAUCUCUACGGAGGCUUCCACCUCGGAAUCAACAACUCAAACAUCGAAGGAGUCAACCACUUCGGAAUCUACACCUAAAAUAUCAACGGAGGCUUCUACUUCGGAAUUCACCACUCAAACAUCCGCAAAGUUUUCCACAUCAGAAUCGACGCCUAAAACAUCUACGGAGGCUUCCACUUCAGACUUGACAUCUCAAACAUCCACGGAGCCUUCCACUUCAGAAACGACAACUCAUAGAUCCACGGAGCUGUCAACUUUGGAACCAACACCUCAAACAUCCACGGAGACUUCCACUUCAGAAUCCACAAUACAAACAUCUACCGAUACUACCACUUCAGAGUCAACCACACAAACACCCACGGAAUCGUCCACUUCAGAAUCAACCCCUAAAACAACAAUGGAACCUUCAACUUCCGAAUCGACUUCUCAAACAAACACUCCAGCCUCCACAUUAGAAUCGACAACUCAAACAUCGACAGAGCCGUCCACUUCGCAAUCAACCAUUCAACCAACCACGCAGACGUCCAGUUCGGGAUCAACACCUCAAACAUCCAUGGAGACUUCCACUUCGGAAUCGACCACUCAAACAUCCACGGAGCCUUCUACUUCGGAAACUAGCACUAAAACAUCAACGGACACUUCCACAUCACAAUCGACCAUUCAAACAUCCACCGUGGAAUCCACUUCAAAAUCGACCACUCAAACAUCUAUGGAGCCUUCCACUUCGGAAUCAACAACUCAAACAUCCACGGAGCCGUCAACAUCGGAAUCAACCACUCAAAAAUCCACAGAAGCUUCCACCUCAGAACCAAUGACUAAAACAUCAACGGAGGCCUCCACAUAUCAAUCAACCACUCAAAUAUCCACAGAGGCUACUACUACCGAAUCGACCAUUCAUAUAUCGACGGAGGCCUCCACAUCGGCAUCGACAACUCAACCAUCCACGGAGGCUUCCACUACGGAAAUCCACGGAGCUGUCAACUUUGGAACCAACGCCUCAAACAUCCACGGAGACUUCCACUUCAGAAUCCACAAUACAAACAUCUACCGAUACUACCACUUCAGAGUCAACCACACAAACACCCACGGAAUCGUCCACUUCGGAAUCAACCACGAAAACAACAAUAGAACCUUCAACUUCGGAGUCGACUUCUCAAACGAACACUCCAGCCUCCACAUUGGAAUCGACGACUCAAACAUCCACGGAGCCUUCCACUUCAGAAUCGACAACUCAAAACCCCAGGAAACGUCAACAUCGGAAUCAACCACUCAAAAAUCCACAGAAGCUUCCACUUCACAACCACCAACUAAAACGUCAACGGAGGCUUCCACAUCUGAAUCAACCACCCAGAGAUCCACAGAGGCUUCCACUCAAGAAUCGACCGUUCAAACAUCGACAGAGGCCUCCACAUCGGCAUCGACAGCUCAACCAUCCACGGAGGCUUCCACUACGGAAGCGACCGCUCAAACAUCCACCGAUGCUUCCACUUUGGAAUCCACCACUCAAACAUCUACGGAGCCUUCCACUUCCGAAUCCACUUCUCAAACAAACACUGAAUCCUCCACUUUAGAAUCGACCACUCAAACAUCCACGGAGCCGUCCACUUCGAACUUGACCACCCAAAUCUCUACGGAUGCUUCCACCUCGGAAUCAACAACUCAAACAUCGAAGGAGUCAACCACUUCGGAAUCAACACCUAAAACAUCAACGGAGGCUUCUACUUCGGAAUUCACCACUCAAACAUCCGCGAAGACUUCCACAUCAGAAUCGACGCCUAAAACAUCUACGGAGACUUCCACUUCGGAAUCGACCACUCAAACAUCCACGGAGCCUUCUACUUCGGAAACUAGCACUAAAACAUCAACGGACACUUCCACAUCACAAUCGACCAUUCAAACAUCCACCGUGGAAUCCACUUCAAAAUCGACCACUCAAACAUCUAUGGAGCCUUCCACUUCGGAAUCAACAACUCAAACAUCCACGGAGCCGUCAACAUCGGAAUCAACCACUCAAAAAUCCACGGAAGCUUCCACCUCAGAACCAAUGACUAAAACAUCAACGGAGGCCUCCACAUAUCAAUCAACCACUCAAAUAUCCACAGAGGCUACUACUACCGAAUCGACCAUUCAAACAUCGACGGAAGCCUCCACAUCGGCAUCGACAACUCAACCAUCCACGGAGGCUUCCACUACGGAAGCGACCGCUCAAACAUCCACGGAUGCUUCCACUUUGGAAUCCACCAUUCAAACAUCUACGGAGCCUUCCGAAUCGACUUCUCAAACAAACACUAAAUCCUCCACUUUAGAAUCGACCACUCAAACAUCCACGGAGCCGUCCACUUCGAAUUGGACCACCCAAAUCUCUACGGAGGCUUCCACUUCAGAAUGGACAACUCAAACAUCGAAGGAGUCAACUACUUCGGAAUCAACACCUAAAACAUCAACGGAGGCUUCUACUUCGGAAUUCACCACUCAAACAUCCACGAAGAGUUCCACAUCAGAAUCGACCCCUAAAACAUCUACGGAGGCUUCCACUUCAGACUCGACCACUAAAACAUCCACGGAGCCUUCCACUUCAGAAACGACAACUCAUAGAUCCACGGAGCUGUCAACUUUGGAACCAACGCCUCAAACAUCCACGGAGACUUCCACUUCAGAAUCGACAAUACAAACAUCCACCGACACUACCACUUCAGAGUCAACCACACAAACACCCACGGAGUCGUCAACAUCAGAAACAGCCACUCAAAAAUCCACAGAAGCUUCAACUUCGGAACCAACAACUAAAACACCCACGAAGGCUUCCACAUCUGAAUCAACCACUCAAAUAUCAACAGAGGCUUCUACUCCAGAAUCGACCAUUCAAACAUCGACUGAGGCCUCCACAUCGUCAUCGACAACUCAACCAUCAACGGAGGCCUCCACUUCGGAAUCAACCACUCAAACAUUAACAGAGCCGUCAACUUCGGAAUCGACGACGCAAACAUCGACGGAGGCCUCCACUUUGGAAUCGAUCACCCAAACACCCACGGAAGCUUCCACUUCUGAAUCGACUACACCGACACACAUGGGAUCCUUUGAACCAGAAUCAGUUGCCAUUCAAGCUGCGCGAGUAUCUCGUAUGCUAAAUUUGCUGCGUAAGCUAGCAGAGUCCGACGAAUGUCCGACACCACACCAGGUGGAUCAGACGCUGAACGAAGCCAGCCGAGCCCUAGAAAAGGUGGCCAAUGAAGAGUUUACACAAGAAACGCUGGACGAGCUCGUUAAUAGCACCAGUAAUGUCAACACCACAGUCAACUGUGUUCAAAGCAGUCAGACUGUGCUAACGGGGGACCAGAAGAAUUCGGUACAGGUGUCCAUCAAGAACGCUGAAAAGUCCGCCGACAAGGCCGACGACAUUAUCGACAACAUCGUCCAACCCGACGCCGACGCCGCUGCCCUCGCUGGCUCUCAGCUCUCCGUUUGUGAUCGCUCUCAUCGCCCUCAGCUGUUUGCUGGCCGUGGGCACAGUGGUGGGCGUAGCACUGACGGUGCACCGUUCCGUGCGCACCCCGCCGCGCCGCCGGCGACCCCGGCCGACCGUCACGGGCCGGGUCAACGCCGGCCACCGGCCAACCAGCAUGCACACCACCGAGCUGGACGAUGGUUCGGCCGGCCGGUGGCGCGCGCCCGUCCCCGAGCCUGACAACUUUGACUUACUUUACCACGGAGCCAUUCCACGGGCGCACUUGGUCGAUCGGCCAGGCAUCGAGCCGUAGCAGACAUCGCGACGAGAGUUCUACAUAUAGCGCCUGUAUAACAUGUAAAUGCAUAACGUCUACCGCGCAGCCCGCUGACUGAGGGGCGACGAGUGGGUCAGCAGGUCCUGGAAGUCACUCGGUGAUGUCUUGUAGAAUGAAGUGAUCGAGCAGUGACCCAGUGACAGUAGCCGUCCAGUGACUGAGAACUGACUCAGUGAUAGCUGAAAGGUCGGAUAGCAGUGACUAUGCGCUGAUUAGAAGUAACGGAGCCAUUACAGCACGGUGAUUGUAGUGACCGAUCGGUGAAUGGAAAAUGGCAUCCACGGCAAAGAAUGAAGCCAACCGCGGUAUAGGCUCACCGACGCAUGUGAGCCCUGCUUUAUUGCCGACGCAUGUGAACCUCGCUGUAUUGUACUAUAUUGAACAUAUAUAUAAUAAUCGUAUGAAUUCGU